AUGGAGAACUAUUCAUACCAAUCAUACCCAGAUUCAGGAGAAUCUUCACCUCGUUCUAGAGAAAUCGACUUCGAAAACCCACCCAAUCCAAUCCCAUGGGACGAACAACAACAACAACAUCAACAGCAACAAAGUAGUAACUACAAAGCCAAAUUCAUGUGUAGCUACGGUGGCAAGAUCCAACCAAGAACACACGACAAUCAACUCUCUUACGUUGGUGGAGAAACCAAAAUCCUAGCCGUUGAUCGCAACAUCAAAUUCUCCUUAAUGAUCUCUAAACUCUGUUCUCUCAUCGAAGCACCUGAUGUUUCGUUUAAGUACCAACUCCCUGGCGAGGAUCUCGAUGCUCUUAUUUCUGUGACCAACGACGAUGAUCUCGACCACAUGAUGCAUGAAUAUGAUCGUCUCUACCGUGCUUCCGCUAGACCCGCACGCAUGCGAUUAUUCCUCUUUGUUAACGAGUCUGAUUCUGCUCCAAACAAUUUAAACCAACCCGACCCCGUUAAACCUUCCAACGUUGAUUAUCUGUUUGGAAUCGAAAAGCCUGUCGCCGUCGUUGCUCCGACUCCGGUCCCCGUGCCGGAACAUGUUGCUCCACCACCUGAGUAUCUUACUCGACCGGGUUUGAAUUUGAAUCCAUCUGAUCCUGGUUUGAACCACCCCUUGAGGCAGUUUCAGCGGAUGCAGAUAGCGGAGAACGAGCAAAAUGCGUAUAGGAGAAAAAGUGAAGAUAACCACCUUGUCGGAAAUUAUCCUCCUGGUCCCGGAGAUUAUUACGUUCAGAAGACGCCUGAGAAAUUUCCGGUGACGAACUUCGUUCCACCACCGCAGCAGCAUCACACUGGUUAUUGGCAGGAAAAGCCUGUUUCCGGCGAGGCUUAUCCACCGGUUGCUACUGGAGGAGGUGACCAGCCUCAGCCUGUUUAUAUGGUACCAGCGCCGGGAAAUUACUAUCAUGCGCCGGUGAGUCAAGGAUACUACGCGGUGCAGAGAAUGCCAUCUGAUGGUUACCGUGAAGCGCAGGUUUACGGCGGCGCUCCGCCUCCAAAAGUGUCGGCGACUUAUGCAGCGGCGCAACCGGUUAAAGGUCCUGCGUAUGCGGAAGGUGUUAGUGUGGUUCGAUCAACUGGGAUACCGGAUCAUACUCCAGGUUCGUACGCACAGGUGGCGUAUGAUAGUGCCAGUGGGAGACAGGUUUAUUUUAAUGCGCCGGGUGGGGUAGUACACGCCCCACCGUAUCAAGGAGUUGCUGCACCCGUCACCACAGAUGUUAAAGUGAUGAGCAAGAUUUCUCAAGGUUCAGUGUGA